GCUGCUCCGCCCCGGCUUCUCCAUGCAGAUGCGGAGCCAGGCGAUCGGGGUCUGCCAGGUGCUGGUGGACGGAGGGGUCCUGACGCAUGGAGUGGCAUUUCCAGGACAAGGACACCCAGUUCUACCGCUUUGCCGAGCUGGACCUGAGUCCAGAGCCCAGUGCUGGCGUCAGGGACCCCGAGGAACUGCUGGAGGCACUGGCCUUCCUGGCCCAGCUGGGCCCCGACGCACUGCUCACCAUGGCUCUGCGAAAGCCCCCUGCACAGCGCACGGAGGAUGAGCUGGAGUUGAUAUUUGAGGAGCUGCUGCACAUCAAGGCUGUGGCUUAUCUGUCCAGCUCGGUGAAACGGGAACUGGCAUCUGUGGUGCUGUUUGAGUCGCACGCCCGGGCGGGCACUGUGCUGUUCAGCCAAGGGGACAAAGGCACCUCCUGGUACAUCCUCUGGAAGGGCUCCGUGAACGUUGUCACCCAUGGCAAGGGCCUGGUGACCACGCUACACGAGGGCGACGACUUCGGGCAGCUGGCACUGGUGAACGACGCGCCCCGAGCUGCCACCAUCAUCCUGCGUGAGGACAGCUGCCACUUCCUGCGCGUGGACAAGCAUGACUUCAACCGCAUCCUCAAGGAUGUGGAGGCCAACACCAUUCGCCUGAAGGAGCACGGGAAAGUGGUGCUGGUGCUGGAGAAGAAUAGUGGCCUCGGUGGCCACGUGGCAGUUGCAGGGAGCAGUAGGUACUCGGUGAUGGCGGGGACUCCGGAGAAGAUCCUGGAGCACCUGCUGGAGGCCAUGAGGCUGGAUGCCACCUUCUACGACCCCAUGGAUACGCUGCUGGGGGAUUUCCUGCUGACCUACAGCCUGUUCAUGCCCAUGGCCCAGCUCUGCAGAGCUCUGCUCCACCACUUCCAGGCAGAGCCGUCGGAGGGCUCGGAGCAGGAGAAGGCUACCUAUGCCCUCAGCAAGCGCCAGAAGAUCCUGAGGCUGGUCGGCCAGUGGGGGCUGUUAUAUGGGCGUCUGCUCCAAGCCGAGCCCAGUGCCAGGGCCCUGCUGCAGAGCCUCUCGGAGGCUGUGAGCCAGGACCCCCGCCUCUGCGGUCUGCUUUGGGACCAGCUGCAGGACCGGCGGAGGCAUCGAGCGCUGGAGAAUGGCAGUGGGAACAUGUCUCCGCAGAUCAAGGUGCGGAGCCCGGGGCAUUGGUUUGCCAGCCACGAGGAGGCUACGCUGGGCUGCAGCUCUGCCAUCAUGGCUGGGGACAGAGUGCCCUACGACAUCUACAGGCCGGACCACUCCUGCCUGACUGUGAUGCUGCCUGUGAAUGCCUCCGCACGUGAUGUGCUCGUGUCCCUGGCCCCUCGGCUCAGCCAGGACGGGGACCUUGUGCUGGUGAAGGUUAACUCAGCCGGGGAGCGCGUGGGGCUGCCGAUGGAUGCCAUAGGCGUGUACACGUCCCUGGGGCUCAAUGAGCGGCUCUUCGUUGUGAAUGUCCAAGAGCUUGGCAGCCUGACCCCUCACCCCGAGCAGCUCGGGCCCACCGCUGGCUCCUGGGAGACCCUGGAGCUCCUCAGCUCCAAGGACCUGGCCAGCCAGCUGACAGAUCACGACUGGACUCUCUUCAGCAGCGUCCACCAGGUGGAGCUGCUCUACCACGUCUUGGGACCCCAGAAGUUCCCCGGAGCCACCACAGCAAACCUAGAGCGCAUCAUGCGGCGCUUCAACGAGCUGCAGUACUGGGUGUCCACGGAGCUGUGCCUGUGCGGGGACGUGGCCCGGCGGGCCCAGCUCCUCCGCAAGUUUAUCAAGCUGGCGGCACACCUCAAGGAGCAGAAGAACCUGAAUUCCUUCUUCGCUGUGAUGUUUGGACUGAGCAACACGGCCGUGAGCCGCCUGGCCAAGACCUGGGAGAGGCUGCCCCACAAGGUCCGGAAGCUGCAUGCGGUGCUGGAGCGGAUGCUGGACCCGUCGUGGAACCACCGCGUCUACAGGCUGGCCGUCGCCAAGCUGAGCCCCCCCAUCUUCCCCUUCCUUCCCCUUCUCCUGAAAGACCUGACCUUCAUCCAUGAGGGCAACCGCACGCUGUCAGAGAACCUCAUCAACUUCGAGAAGAUGCGCAUGAUGGCCAAAGCUGUACGCAUCCUGCAUCGCUGCCGGAGCCACUUCCACACUCCCGUCUCCCCGCUGCGGAGUCGCUCCCCACACCGGCUGGAGGACCCCAAGGCCCUGCGUGCCUCCACCUGCUCUGAGCAGUCGCUGAGUAUCCGGAGCCCGACCUCUGCCAGCGUCUACCUCCAGCACCUGAGGGUGAUUGACAACCAGAAGGAGCUGCUGCGGCUGUCUCGAGACCUCGAGUCCUGACGGGCUGGAGGGACCCGGGGCGGCGUGGGAAGGCCAGACGGCAAUCUCAGGGCGACGCGCUUCUCUGCUUUCCAGCACGGGGACAGCACCGACUGCCCCCGGGGCAGGAGGGAGCCACACUGGCCCACAGGCCACAUGCCCAACCUGGCACGGUGACUGCACCUGGAUGCCAGGGCCCGGGGCCCCGAACCAGGGAAGCUGCUGGCAUGGACAGACAGGGGCAGGCAAGGCCACGGCCGUUUGGACAAGCAGUGACACAGCCCCCGAUGGGAGCACUGCAAGCAAUAGAAGUAUUUUUGUAUGGGA